UCCAUUACCUUCUUCUUCUUCUUCCCCCUUUUCUCACCAUUUUCUCAAUCUCACAUACUCAAUCAAAUCACACCCAAAAACAUUCAACAUUCAUUCAUUUCAAUCUUUUAUACUAAACACACAAAACAAACAUAAAACAAACACAUAAACUGUCUUCUGUUUUAUUUUGUUUUGUUUCUAAUCCUACCAACACUUGUUCGGUUUUUUUCCCAAGAGAUUCGUUGGUUGAAAGCUUAACAGUGAAUGUACGUGUUUCAGUUUCUCAGCAUAGUGCAUGGGAUUUGAUAUCUUCCCAAAUUGGGAAACAGAUUGUUUGCAACUGAAAGUAUGGAUAUUCAAGAAGAGAGUUCCUCCACCACGUUUGGACCUUUGGCAGCAAUGACUUUAAGGAAUGUGUCGUCGUCGUCUUCGGCUUUCUUUUCAGCAAAUCAAUCGCCGUUUUUCUCUCCGAGAACGUCGUCAUGUCAUAUGUCAGAUACUUUGAGACCGGAAGCUUCGAAUGAUAGAAUUCAGCAAGAUGAUGAUGCUGCUGCUGCUUCGACUAGUACUUGUUUGGUGAUUCCGGAACAGAAAUGUACUGUCUCUGAUGUGGCUGCUGCGUCUCCUGUUGCGUGUACUUCGGCCGAUAUGCAGAGGCUCGACCGUAUAUCUUCGUCGGUUGAUAUCUCUAGUAGCACUGUAUCUGGUUACUGUCAUCCGUAUGAUGAUUGUUAUUCGGGGCAGAAAGAGAAGCGGAGUAAGAAAGGGAGGAAUCAGAAAUCGUCGUCGAUACAACUGGGUUCGAGAUCAGUUUCUUCUUAUAGAUUGAAGAGUUGUGAUGUUUUUAUAGGAUUGCACGGUCGCAAGGCUCCCCUUGUAAGAUUUUCGAAAUGGUUGUGUGCUGAGUUAGAAAUUCAUGGUAUUAGUUGUUUUCUAUCGGACAGGGCUUCGUGUAGGAACUCUAACAAGCUUGGCAUUGCAGAGAAGGCUAUGGAUGUUGCUUCUUUCGGUAUAGUGAUUAUAACAAGGAAGUGUUUCAAGAAUCCGUACACUAUCGAGGAGCUGAAAUUUUUCUCCGGCAAGAAGAAUUUAGUUCCAAUAUACUUUGAUUUGAGUCCGAUUGAUUGUCUUGUAAGGGAUAUAAUUGAAAAAAGGGGGGAGUUGUGGGAAAAACAUGGAGGAGAACUUUGGCUUUUGUAUGGUGGGUUGAGGCAGGAAUGGAAGGAUGCGGUCCACGCUUUAUCUCGGGUCGAGGAAUGGAAGUUGGAAGCUCAGGAUGGAAACUGGAGAGAUUGCAUACUCGAGACUGUUGCAUUGUUAGCGAUGAGGUUAGGCAGAAGAAGUGUCGCCGAGCAUUUGAGGAAAUGGAAAGAGAAGAUUAAGGAAGAGGAGUUACCUUUCACUCGUAACGAGAAUUUUAUAGGUAGAAAAAAAGAGCUUUCUCAAUUGGAGUUUAUGCUUUUUGGCGAUGUUACCGGUGAUUCAAAGCAAGAUUAUAUUGAACUCAAGGCAAGAUCCAAGAGAAAGCAUUUUUCUAUCGGUAGAGGAAAGAGUAAUGUGUUGGAUGAAAGAAAUGGAAGUAGUAGGGAGGAGAAAGAACCGGUUUUAUGGAAGGAGUCGGAGAAAGAGAUUGAAAUGCAAAGUAUCGAAUUCGCUCAGAGGCACUACCGUUCGAGGCCCAAACGUAGUGGAAAGUAUACUAGGAAGAAAAGAGGAAUGGAUAUUUUGUAUGGGAAAGGGAUUGCAUGCAUAUCUGGAGAUUCAGGAAUUGGAAAGACCGAACUCAUUCUCGAGUUUGCUUAUCGAUUUCACCAAAGAUACAAGAUGGUGUUAUGGAUAGGAGGGGAGAGCAGGUAUAUAAGGCAAAAUUAUCUAAAUCUCAGGUCAUUUUUAGAAGUUGAUGUGAGUGUUGAGAAUAGUUUGGAGAAAACUAGUAUAAAAGGAUUCGAAGAGCAUGAACAAGCAGCCAUUUCUCGAGUUCGCAAAGAACUGAUGAGAAACAUUCCGUAUCUUGUGAUCAUUGACAACUUGGAAAGCGAAAAGGAUUGGUGGGAUCACAAACUUGUGAUGGAUCUUCUCCCUCGUUUCGGGGGAGAGACUCAUGUGAUCAUAUCAACGUGUCUUCCUCGCAUCAUGAACUUGGAACCGCUAAAACUUUCAUAUUUAUCUGGAGUUGAAGCAAUGUCUCUAAUGUUACCAUCCGGCAAGGACUACCCGGUUGCUGAGAUCGAUGCACUGAGAACAAUGGAGGAGAAGCUUGGAAGGUUAACUUUAGGCCUCGCGAUUAUCGGUGGAAUUUUAUCCGAGUUACCUAUAACUCCAAGCAGGCUCUUAGAUACAAUAAAUAGAAUGCCCUUGAAGGAGAUGUCUUCAUGGAGCGGUAAAGAGGCUCAUGUCUUCGGAAAGAACACUUUCCUUCUUCAGCUCUUCGACGUUUGUUUCUCGGUAUUUGAUCAUGCAGACGGCCCUAGAAGUUUGGCAACAAGAAUGGUACUUGUAAGUGGAUGGUUUGCAUCAAGUGCCAUUCCAGUUUCCUUGUUAGCACUUGCCGCACACAAGAUACCGAGAAAACACAAAGGGACUCGUUUGUGGAGAAAAUUGCUGCAACCCUUAACCUGUGGUUUAACAUCCUCGCACACCAAAAAAUCGGAAUUAGAAGCGUCUUCUUUACUCCUAAGUUUCAAUAUUGCAAGGAGUAGUGCUAAGAAAGGAUGUAUUCAAUUCAACGAACUCGUCAAACUAUAUGCGAGAAAAAGAGAAGUUAAUGGAUCAUCACAGGCAAUGGUUCAAGCUAUCAUCAGUCAAGGUUCAAUAUCUCAACAUCUGGAUCAUUUAUGGGCUGCAUGUUUUCUGCUAUUCGAAUUUGUCCAUAACCCUGCCAUUGUCGAGCUCGAGGUUUCCGAACUCUUACAUCUCGUGAAAAAAGUAGUCCUCCCUCUUGCAAUUCAAUCCUUCAUCACAUACUCUCGAUGCACAGCCGCGCUCGAGCUUCUGCGUCUUUGCACCAACGCACUGGAAGCAGCAGACCAAACAUUAGUUACGCCGGUUGAUAAGUGGUUCGACAAAUCACUUUGUUGGAGAUCCAUCCAAACUAAUGCUCAGUUGAAUCCUUGUCUUUGGCAAGAGCUAGCCCUAUGUCGAGCCACGGUUCUCGAGACUAGAGCUAAGCUUAUGCUAAGAGGUGCACAGUUUGAUAUAGGGAGUGAUCUAAUCAAGAAAGCUAUUUUUAUCAGAAGCUCGAUUUGCGGUGAAGAUCAUCCGGAUACGAUAUUUGCUCGCGAAACGUUAAACAAACUCACUAGACUAAUUGCGAAUGUUCAGAUUCGUUCUUGAGAUUAGAUUUUGCAUUUUGUUUAGAAAAUCGAGAAUUAUACAACAGAUUUAAAUUAUAAUAAAACUAGUCAUUUAUACUGUUUCUUGAAACUCUGUCAUAAUUUACAAGUCUAAUAUAUGUAUAUGAGAUAACUUACAUUUUUGAAAGUAUUUAAUUUUCUCUUGAUAUGUUUCAUUUCAUUCAAAGGUUUCAUAUCUCAAGUUCACAACAUAUUUUGCAGCUACAUGUGAGUUUUGGAAAUUCAGUUAUCGUUAUGUGGUAAAGAAGAAAUAUGUCUUUUUCUAUUGGUUUGUGAUAUUGACCCAUGUCUGGUGGAUAACACCUAUUAGAAUGAAAUUCCAUUGAGGUGAAUGAAGGAACUGAAGAAAAAGAGCAAAGAAAUUAGAAUACAUUUCAAAUAUGUGAUGUUUAUUAUUGUAAU